AUGACAGCUCUAAGCAACCGUGAACGAUAUGUAUGUCAUUACCGCACCCUCAAGCAAGCAGUACAGCAUGGAUUGGAAAUCACUGAAGUUCAUCGAGGUGUGCGGUUUGAGCAGGAGGACUUCCUAGCACCCUACAUCAUGCUAAACACCAGACUUCGACAGCAGUCGAAGAAUAAGUUUGAGAAAAAUUUCUUCAAACUCAUGAACAAUGCUGUGUUUGGUAAGACGAUGGAGAAUGUGCGAAAAAGGGUGAGUAUGGAGCUAGUGAAUGAUGAGAAGCGAUUGAAGAAACUGAUUGCUCGACCAGUGUACAAGGACCACAUCAUCUUUGGCGAGAAUAUCUGUGCUGUUACAAUGCAUAAAGAGAAAGUGGAGCUGAACAAACCUAUCUACAUUGAUUUGACAGUGCUUGACAUCAGCAAAACCCUCAUGUAUGAAUUCCAUUAUAACAUCAUGAAGCCCAUCUACAAGGACAAUCUUCAACUCCUAUAUCAAGAUAGCUUAUUCUACCUUGUCAAGACAGAGGACAUGUACAACGACAUCAUCAACAACCAGCAGCUUAGAGAUACCUUUGACACCUCAGAGUACCCUGCAGACCACCCAUGCUACUCAGAUGCAAACAAAAUGGUGCUUGGCAAGUUUAAAGAUGAAUAUGCUGGCCGAGCGUCACUUGAGUAUGUAGGCCUGCGAUCAAAGCUAUAUGCCUGUAGGUGUUACAAUAGUGAUCCAAAUCAGCUGACAAGUGGAAUGAUAAAGGAAGGUAAAGGAGUGAGGAGACCAAUACUUGGGCGAGAACUCUCAAAAAUGCAUCCAGAUGCUGAACAUUACAUAGGCUUCCAAGACUAUCUAGAUUGUCUAUAUGGUGAUGAGGAUAUCUAUAGGGGAACAAGUGAUGUUUGGUACUAG